AGGAGAGAGAGAGUCUUUCUGGUGGUGGUCUCUGCUAUGGUGAGACUCACUUUGUCUUCCUCACAAGUACAUUAGUAGUCUCCAAUCAUAUCUUCUUCUAUAGCUUCAAAUCCCAGCACAAUCAACGGACUCGAAUUACAUAACAGUUUAGCUAAGAUCAGUAGCAUCGGAGUCAAUUUAUUGUUGCGAGAUGUAGUUUUGAAGGAGAGUGUCAAACAUGGAGGUGAAUCACGUUUUGCUUCUCUGUAUAGCUUUGAUUUUCGUCGUUGAUACUAAGGUUGAUGGAGAGGCACAAGUAGUUGUCUCGAGCUCGAUCUCGGUUUCGAAUUUGACGGAUACUAGAUUUGUAGCUGGGUCUGAAAUUGCUGUUAACAAUGUCACUGAUUCCAAGAGUAUUAUAGAUCAUUCCAAAAACUCGACCAAUGGUGAUUCACAGCUGGGAGAUGGAUCUAAGAUGAUGGGUGAUGGAGGAGAUAGUACUAGUGGUAAGAGUGAAGAAGGGAAGAUAGCAAGUGAAACCACUAAGGAGGAGGAGCCUGGGAGCAACUCUUCUAGGAAGAAACAAGGGUUUCAUGGUGAAGAAUGUGAUCCAUCUAAUAUGUGUACAGAUCAGGAAGAUGAGUUUGUUGCUUGUCUGCGAGUUCCGGGCAACGAUGCGCCUCAUCUCUCACUCUUAAUCCAAAACAAAGGAAAAAGGGCUUUGCUUGUCACUAUAACUGCUCCGGGUUUUGUCCGGUUAGAGAAGAACAAAGUUCAGCUCCUGCAAAACGAAGACACAAAGGUAAAAGUUUCUAUUAAGAAGGGAGGGUCCAACGACAGCGCCAUCGUACUAACUUCUAGCAAAGGCCGUUGCAGCCUUGAAUUAAAGGAUUUGGCAGCAGCACAGGAGACAGAAAGCGACGAUACAGUUUCUGUUUCUCGUCCUUCAAUCCUCAAUAUCCAUCCAAGGACACUCAUCGUCAUCCUCAUGAUUUCCUUCCUCGUUCUCUCCCUUGUCAUCAUCCCAGUGAUCUAUCAUGUUUACAAAAACAAGUCACGGGGAAACAACAAAUACCAGAGGCUCGAUAUGGAAUUGCCAGUCUCGAACCCUGCGUUGGUGGCAAAAUCUGAUAAGGAAAGUGGUGAUGAAGGAUGGAACAAUAAUUGGGGAGAUGAUUGGGACGAUGAAAAUGGCGAUGGAGACGAAGAACAGCCGAAUACUCCAGUGCUGCCGCUCACACCGAGUGUCUCAUCUAGAGGGCUUGCUCCUAGAAGACUCAGUAAAGAAGGUUGGAAAGAUUAGUUUCAGUCUGCUUUCUCUUUGUUUCCAGUUCCACAUAGUUCAUAUAUUCGUAGAAGUUUAUCGAUUGGCGGAAUUAAAAAUUGUAGUAUAACAAAUGGAAGUUUCUGAACUGUUUCUUUUACACCUUGCCGGUUGGGGUCAUCCUUCUCUUGUGAAUACGAGCUUCUCGUCUCUGGGCUUU